UCCAGCUCGGAGAUGUAUAAAAGCCGCGCUGCAUCUCACUUGGACGUCCUGUUGCUUCACUCCUUCUCAAACCCUCCUGAGCCUGGACAGCUGCUCCUGACCCCCCUCCUUCUGAGACCUACUCUGCCGCUUGAGUGCGAGAGAACAACAGAGACAGACAUAGAACCAGAGAACGCAUCCUUUAAGCCAAAGAAAGCCAGAAUCAGCCAGCCAACAGCCAUCAUGAGCAGCCACUCCACCGCCCGUACUUCCUACCGCCGCACCUUCGGCAGCCCCUCCCCCGCUAUGCACUCCUACACGCCCCUCUCGUCCCGCAUGAUGCCUCACUCUAGCCGCUACCUGAGCUCCAUGCCCAGCGCCAUGCCCCAGCGCCAGGUGGCCUACCGGGCGCGCUCCAGCACCCCGACCCAACGCCUCUCCUACGACAAGGUGGACUUCAGCCUGGCCGAAGCGGUCAACCAGGAGUUCCUGACCACGCGCAGCAACGAGAAGCAGGAGCUGCAGGAGCUCAACGACCGCUUCGCCAGCUUCAUCGAGAAGGUGCGCUACCUGGAGCAGCAGAACGCCGGGCUGCAGGCCGAGCUCAACCAGUACAAGGGUCAGCAGCAGCAGGGCCAGCCCAACCGCGCCACCGACCUCUGCCAGCAGGAGAUGCGCGAGCUCCGGAGGCAGCUGGAACUCGUGGGGAAGGACCGCGAUGAGAUCCAGGUGGAGAGGGACAAUCUGGCUGAGGACCUGGCCCUCAUGAAGCAAAAGUAUGAAGAGGAAAAUCAGAAGAAGCAGGAGGCUGAAAAUAACCUGGUCCUCUUCCGUAAGGAUGUGGACGACGCCACUCUGUCUCGUCUGGAGCUGGAGAGGAAAAUCGAAUCGUUGAUGGAUGAGAUCGAGUUCCUUAAGAAGCUCCAUGAUGAGGAGAUCCAGGACGUGCAGGUGAGUCACCAGACUCAGCAGAUGAAGUUUGAGGUGGAGACCCAGCAGGCCCGUCCAGACCUCACCGCCGCCCUGAGGGACAUCCGGGCUCAGUACGAGAACAUCGCCUCCAAGAACAUGCAGGAGUCUGAAGAGUGGUACAAGUCCAAGUUUACUGACCUGACAGAGUCGGCUAAGCGUAAUAAUGAUGCCAUGAGGCAGGCCAAGCAGGAGGCCAAUGAGUAUCGCCGGCAGAUCCAGGCCCUCAACUGUGAUGUCGAUGCUUUGAAGAGCACGAAUGAGGCUCUUCUGAGGCAGAUGCGGGAGAUGGAGGAUCAGUUUGGCGUGGAAGCCGGAAACUACCAGGACAAUGUGGUUCGUCUGGAGGAGGAGAUUCGCCACCUGAAGGACGAGAUGUCCCGUCAUCUGAGGGAGUACCAAGACCUGCUCAAUGUCAAGAUGGCGCUGGACAUCGAGAUCGCCACCUACAGGAAGCUGCUCGAAGGAGAGGAGAGCAGGAUCGUUAUGCCCAUGCACAUGUCCUCCAUCCGUGGUGGUGCUGCUGAUUAUGAUGACAAACCAGAACCUGGACAUGGAAAGAAAGUUGUGAUCAAGACUGUUGAGACCCGUGAUGGAGAGGUGGUGAAGGAGUCUAGGAAAGAAAAGGAUGCCCACGAUAGCCGUGACAAGAGUGAUUCCCGUGAUAAGAGUGAUUCCCGCGAUUCCCGUGAUUCCCAUGGUGGCCGUGACUCUAAAGACUCCGACGGGGAUGAGUAGAUGAGCUCGCUGAUAUCAGCUGAAUGUUCCAGGGUCAAUAAUAGUGUGAGCGAUAGGGUAUAAAAUCAUGAAAUAAGAGAUAAAAAGCUGCUUGAAUCAUAUGUACUGCUAAUUGUUGAAUGAAAAAAGAAACAGACAUCAUGAAUGCUAGACAGGAUAAAUGGGAGCCUUUUUAUGUUUUUGACUCAAAACUGUGAGCCAUGAGCAAAGUUGAUUUUUGCUCUUCCUGAUAACCCUCUUCCCCAGAGUGUAUGUAUGCACGGAUCUAAACUGUAAAUUCAGUCACUGACUGUGACAAUGGUGCUUCAAUAACACUAACAUUGCCAAUUAAAACUUGGUAUUGUUCAAUGGCAACAUUUCAAAUAUAGAAAAGAAAACAACCACUUGACACAAGUACUCAAAAAAUUGAAGCAGACACUUUAACACAGACAUACUGUAAACAUGAUGAAUGUACUGACAUAGUCAUUGAUAUGGGGAUGAUGGUAGAGUUUGGUAGGUGCAUGUUUGUGUUGGAGCAAGCCCUACCUAGUCACCUUCAGUCAAACACCACCUGAGGCCUUGAUUUACAGGGAAAAAAACGACUAGAAUUUUCUCAAGUAAUCCGUUUUGUAUCUAAACCUAACACCUCAAAUUUAACACUCGCCACACAACUGUACCCAAAAGGGAGACCUUUUAACAGUAAUAACCACUUCUCUGUUUUAUAGUAUCCUAUCAGUAUAGUCACUGCCAGGUUUUGAUCGGAUAAUUUAGAUGAAUGGCAUUUGUGGGCUUGCAAGGAGCAGACUAUAGCCUGUGUCAGAUGGCCCUGUGUUGGUACAAGCUCAGUAACAGUAACAGCUCAACCUCAUCUCUAGUUGAGCAAGUCAGGAAUGAUGGAUUCCACUAUACUGCACACCCCACAAGAACUCCUCAUUCACUGCAGGGAUAUGUUUGUUUUGCUGUUUUUUGGGAAUGUUUGGCAACUUUAGAGAAAAUCAUUACUAGAUAGGAUUACAAUGAAAAUGCAAAUAAAGAACACUGGAACAACAAA